AUGCCUGUCUCCCUUUUCGUGAAGCGCCGCCAGCGUCGGGGCAUGGCGCUGUUUAUCGUUGUGUCACUGGCGCUUCUUUUCGUGUUCGCCGCGUGCCGUGCAAAUUCGGCGCAUGAGGUGCAGCCCACUCAGGAGGGAAACAAGGACCCGUACGCCUACCUCGGUAUGCUCGAUGAGGUGGACCUACAGCAGAUAUUACAUGAAAAGACGCAUGGACAGGUGCAGGUGAGCGCCUUCCGCAGCAAGGAAGAGCUGGUCGCGGCGGUGCGUAAGAUUGAGGAGCGCGAGGACGCGGAGGUCAGUUUCGACGAGCAGGUGAAGGCAGCAAUGCAACGCAAGGCCGCAUCGGAGGAGGCUGCUAGUGUGGCGUCGUCAUCGUCCUCGCAGUCUCACCGAAGCGCGGCUGCAGAAGGCGCCCACAUUAAGGAUAAUAAGGAGCGAAAUACCCACGCGAAGGUAGUUCAGCUAAUGGAUGGAGACGAGGGCGAGGCGAAGUUGGGGGAUGCACCGAGUCACAGUCAGCAGAAGGGUCGCGCAACUUCUGGAUACGCAGGCGCGAAGAAGACGUUGAGUGGGCGUCCCCUUUCGGUCGUGCAUAAGCUGGAAAUUCUAUAUUGCACCGGAUGAGGAUACGCGAAGUAUUUUGAAGAUAUGAAGCAGCAGCUACAACGCGUGCUGCCCAACGCGGGUGAUGUCCAAAUUGUGGGUGGUACCUAUCCCACCCCACCCGCCCGCGCGCUCGCCGCGAAGGUGUGCUCGACAGCCUUUCUGGCCUCCCUCGGUAUGGCCCUUGCCGGAGGACAGCUCGCGUUUCUGCCUCCCGCCGCUCUGAACUUCAUUGUUCAGCAGCGUGGCAUGCUGGUCGGCACUGGCUUCUUGCUGAAUAUGAUCGGCAGCUCUCUCACCCAGACCGGUGCCUUCGAGGUUACCUUGGAUGGCGAGCUUAUCUUCUCGAAGCUACAGGCUGGAGCUGUACCGACCGUGGAGGUAAUGCGCCGUAUUAUUCUGCAGAAGACACUUCUAGACAAGUACGGUGAUAACAGCGCGAGACCAUUGUAG